UAGCAAAUAGGGUAGUUCACAUAAGUUUAUUGCUUUUAGUUUGAGUUUUUGUGUAUUGUUAUAUAUUACUGUAUGACAACUUGAUUUGGUUUGCGUACAUUUUGAAAUGCAUUUCUCAAUUCCAGAUACACUGGAACUUAAAGAUAGUAACGGAGGAACGUAUAUGGGGUACAAUAUCCACAUCAAUGGGGCUUAUCACUGUACCAUUCGAUAUAAACAGUUGCACAGUUUUAAUGAACAGUUAAAGAAAGAGUACAAGUCUGUACGUCUGCCCCAGUUUCCUCCAAAGAAGCUUCUUCCUUUGUCACCUCCUCAGCUGGAGGAGCGUCGAAUCUUACUGGAGAAAUACAUUCAAACGUUAUCUCAGGAUCCUGAUAUUGGGGACUGUAACAUAUUUAGGGGUUUUCUUUUAAGUGCACAGCAGGAAACUCAAAAUGCUACACAAGCCAACAUUGACCUGGAUGUUUAUACAAUGAACUGGCACAAAGUGACUGUUAGAGUAAAUACAACUGAUGCCACAGAUACGGUUUUGUUGGAAAUAGCAAAAGAAAUUAAUUUGCACGAGGAAUUAUUGUGUUAUUUCUGCCUAUACCUAGUGAAAAAAGAUGGAACUGACAUUAAAAUGGAACGAAGACUGCAGAAUUUCGAAGCUCCUUCUCUGUCACUGAAAGCUGCAGGUUCAUCACAUUGUAUUGUCAUCAGAAAAAGUUACUGGGACUCAAGUUAUGAUGAAGAUCUUUAUAUUGACAAGGUAGCAUUAAACUUGCUGUAUGUUCAGGCAGUAAGUGAUGUGGAACUAGGCUGGGUGAUAACAAACAAACAGAUCAGACGACAACUUGCCACUCUUCAGUCAAAGGGGUCCAAACAAGAGUACAUGCAACUUGUACGAACACUCAAGCAUUAUGGAUACAUCCAGUUUGAACCCUGUGUUUGCAAUUACCCAGAACCCAACACACAGGUAAUCAUUAGUGCUGGUGGAAAAGAGCUCAACUUCAGAAUAUCCAAUGUCAGUAAUCAAGUGAAAGAAGGAAGCUUUCGAAUCACGAGGAUUCGAUGUUGGAGAAUUUUAACUUCGAAUGCUGACAAGCAACAGGAGAAUAACUGCCCACAUCUUGAGUUUUCUUUUGAAUAUCUAUUAAACAAAGACAAGCUCCAGUGGAUUACAAUUGAAAGUGACCAGGCAGUAUUAAUGAGUGUAUGUCUUCAAGGUAUGGUAGAAGAGCUACUCUCCAAGAAGAAUGGGGUAAAAUUUAAAAAACAGCCUGAACAAGGAGGUCGACAUUGUUCUUGGAGCUACAUGAAACGGGAUGGAAGCAGUUAUGAAAUUUCCGUCAGUCGAUCAUCUUCAUCUGAAGGCAUAGUGGAUAAUGAAGAAGAACAUUCCAAAAGAACAAACAAAACAAGAGAUCAUGUUAGGAAGGAAAAGUUAUAUUCUGCCAAGCAGUCUGGUUGUUCCAGCAGUGGUAGUAUGUCCCCCGAAUCCCUUAUGGAAAAUGAUGUUUUCGAAGGAAUUGGAGAUGAUGAUCUUUAAAGGUUCUCAACUGCCAAAUUACUCAGAACUUAUUUGUACUUGUAUGAUAAUGUAUGCAGGCAUGUACACUACAUACUGAUUUUUUAAGAAGUUUUCAUACAUGCUGUCUCUGAUUAUUAAAAAUUACACCAGUUUGAUUUUUUUUUGUUGUUCUACUGAUGACAUUAAAUCAAGAAGAAGGUUAGCUUUGAAAUUUUUGGAUUUCAUUUUCUUGUAUUUCUAAAUGGUUAUUUUGUAAAAAUUAAAAAUGUAAAGGCUUUGUAAACUAUCAGUCAUUAAUCUGUUGAGUUGGUAUGAUUCAGUAGGUUUUAAACUAAAUUUUUUCAGACUGCAUUGUAAAGAACUUUGCAUAAAAGUCUUUUGGAGAAUACAAUGAAAAUAAUUGCUAAAACAUUAAAAUUAAGUCCCAAAUUUUAGAAGACUUAACAUAAAACAAUAUUUUUGUUGCUGAUUUUUUUAUAAGGCUGUGUAUCUCCUUUUGAUUUGUCAGAAGAAAAGACAAUGGAAUGUGAAAUAUCUCAUUAAAAAGAGAAACAAGUAUGGUAGACCUGUAUUAUGGUUGAGCUUAAUGCUAAAAUUACUGCAAAAAAAUCAGUUUAAAAAUAUUUUUCUUUAAGGUUUGAAACAAGGAAAAGACUCCUCAUUUGUUUUUGUUUUUUUAUAAGGAGGUAUUUUUAUAUUAACUUUAAGGGUCUCAUUAUAGAUGUAUGAAUUUUUUAUUAAUACUGGAAAUAGUAAAGGGUCAUUGUAUACUGUACAGUUCAAUAAGUUAACUACUUGAAAAACAUUUAUUCUGUGAUUGUUGCUGUAGAUAAAUGCAAUUUCAAGUUUCUAGAAAGUGAUCUUGCAGCAGUGUAUGGGUGGUGGUGUAUAUAUAUAUAUGGUCGUGUACGUUGUUUUUUUCAUUCCAAAUGUUUCGUGUAUUCCAACAAUGAACCUUUAACAGAUAAUUUGCUAUCCACUAAUAAGAAUUUGAAGGUAAUUCAGUCAUCUUAAGCAGGGUGGUUAUAACUUAGUUUGAAAAAUUUUCAAGAAACUAGUGAAUACAAAUUAAGAUGUAUGUAUAUCAGUUAUAUUUAUUGGCUUAUGCUAUAAAUCUUGUUCUCCAUUUAAAAGCUAAAAACUUGGUAAGUGGGUUAUGUUUCUUAUAAACUGGCAAAAUAAUUUGGGGUUCAGAAACUGCAGAGUUCACAGUCAUGUUGUUUACUGAGUGACAUUUACACAUAUAUUAUUCAUAGGAAACUUAUGAAAACCAACAACUACAUAAUUAUAUGUAACAAAUUAUGUUCACCUGCAUUGCUGAUCUAAUGCUGAAGUAUUUUAAGUUUUGAACAAUAUUGUUUUAUAAAAAAAAUUAUAUUAUCAUAAUUUUGUUUUCACUUCUUUCAUUAAGAUUAAAACACCAUCUGUUAACUAUCCUUCACUAGGAUUUGAAACUGAAAAUCCACUUCUACUUUCUUGACAUAAACAUUGAAUGAGAUUUAUGUUUUAUUUCUACUGAUUACCUUUAUAAAUCUAAAUAGAUAAUUGAUACCCAAGUAUAUUUAAAAAAAUUGUAGUUACUAAAUUUAUUCAACUAGAAUUAUUCAGCUAGAAUUUUUGCAAAAAAGAUGUUGCCAACUAUGUUAAUAAUUGUAUUAAUCUUUAAUGGAGAAAGUUUGAUUACAGUGUUAAAAAAGAAAGUCAUAUUUAACUGAUGUUUCUGCCGUCACGUAAUCUUUCAUUUCAAGUUCCAGUGUUUGCUCAAGAUUAUAGCUAUUUUUCUAUUGUUGAUGAUGUUACAGUAAACGUUUUUAUAUCAGAGAUGAGACAAAAGAUUUUAAUCUUGUCACAAACGUUUUUGUUUCUGUACAUUACAUUAAACUGUAGCAUGAAAUUAACAUUAAAACCACUACUAAUCUAUGUUAGAUUCAUUAUACUGUUUUUUGAUGAUAUUGUAGGGUGCUUAUACUGAAGAGAAUAGCAUAACAAAGUUUAAAACAGUAAGAUCAAUACAUUGGUGUUCAUGAAGACAGAAGUUUGUUAAUAUAAAAUACAUUAGCUUAAUAUAUUUUAAUUAAUGGGUUAAAUUUCUUAUGGUUCAAGAUGACUGGGUUAUUUAUUGUUAAGAUAUAUCAGCUUAAUGUUGUUGUACCUAUAAAGGUCAGUUUCAUUAUAUUUAUGAAGAUACUGUUGACCAGUUACAAAGAUAGCUGCCUUAUAUUAUUGUAUUAUUGGGAUGGGCAUAACAUUUGUAAAAAAUGCUACCAGUUGUUUAUGUAUAAUAUAUCAGCUUAAUAAGGUUAUACCUGCUGGGUUCUAUAAAAUGUUUGUGUAAACAUUGUGGUUUGUUUAUAAGUUUAAUAUGAGCAAAUUAUCAUUAAUUACUAAUAGGUUUGCCAUACUAAUGUUUAUGAAUAUAUCUGGGGUGCUAAUAAAUAAAAUAAGCAGCUUAAUGGGUAUCUUCCUGGAGUUAUUGAAAGUGUAAAAUACUGGUGUGGAUAGAUGUAAAAAUCUAUAUUGCUAUCAUGUAAACAUUCCAUAAAGAAUGCUCAGUAGUAAAAUACACUUUAUUAUUAGUUUUAUGUUCAGCUAAGCCAUUUGUUAUUUUUCUUAAAACUGUCAAUAAACACUAAAGUGGUCUUGUUA